AAAAUUCGACAUGGCUGUUGCCAUAUUGUGUUGUCGUUCAAAUCUCGAUUUAAAGGUCCAGAAACGAGAAUAGUGGGGAGAAUGUUAAUUAUUUCGCUUACUGACAGUUUUUCAUAAGACAUAAAACUCCUCACUUGAGUGUCUGGAAGUCUCGAAAGCGCGUCAUGUAAAUAGAGAACAUGUCGUUUGAAAAUAUCGACGAUCGGAUUUUCCGACAACUCAAGCUCUCCGUUUCGAAGGACUUAUUUGGGGCGAAGACCUAUCAGGAACCCAGGACUUCGGCCAACUGUGACAGGUUCAUCCCUUGUCGGGCCGGGAAUAACUGGGAGACGAGCUUCGCCACCCUUCCUGACACUAACAAGAACUCACAAACGGGGAAAAAAACGAGGGAGACGGGGGAAAACACCAGAGACAGUUCCGUUUAUAAUAUCCUCCUCAGGAAUGAACUGUUUGGGGAGAACACGGAGGACGUCAAGUCGCAGUGUGACGAGAGACAGGUGCUCACCCCCGUCAAAAGCAGGAACUUGUUCAGAUACGGGACCCCCUCAAAGAUGGAGAAGACGCCGACGAACAAGUUCCAGUCAAGCCCGUACUCCAUGUCGCCCCUUAGUGUCAGCAGCCAGCGCUUGCUGCGUUCGCCCCACAAAGCCACGCGAAAAAUCUCCCGAAUCCCUUUCAAAGUCCUGGACGCGCCCGAACUUCAGGACGAUUUCUAUUUAAAUCUAGUCGAUUGGUCCGUACAGAACGUCCUUAGUGUCGGUCUCGGUAGUUGUGUGUAUUUAUGGUCGGCAUGUACUAGUCAAGUGACGAGACUUUGCGAUUUAUCGGCCGAUGGUAACGUGGUGACGUCGGUGGCGUGGAGUGAAAGAGGACAUCUAGUGGCAGUGGGAACACAUCACGGUUACGUUACCGUGUGGGACGUAUCCGUCAAUAAACAAGUGAAUAAGUUGCAAGGACACUCGGCAAGGGUGGGCGCCUUGGCCUGGAAUGGGGACGUUCUGAGUUCGGGGAGCAGGGAUAGGCUGAUUUUGCAGAGGGACACGAGGACGCCCCCCACUGUGACGGAGCGCCGACUCGUGGGCCACCGCCAGGAAGUGUGUGGCUUGAAGUGGUCCCCGGACAACCAAUAUUUGGCUUCCGGUGGCAACGACAACCGACUUUACGUCUGGAACAUGCAGUCUUUAUCCCCAGUCCAGACAUACACCGACCAUCUAGCGGCAGUGAAAGCAAUCGCGUGGUCCCCACACCACCACGGCCUCCUAGCCUCAGGUGGCGGAACGGCCGAUAGGUGCAUCAGGUUUUGGAACACCUUGACAGGCCAGCCAAUGCAAAGCGUGGACACGGGGUCGCAAGUGUGCAAUUUAGCCUGGUCCAAGCACAGCUCGGAGUUGGUUUCAACACACGGAUAUUCGCAAAAUCAGAUUUUGGUGUGGAAAUAUCCAAGUUUGACUCAAGUGGCGAAACUGACCGGACAUUCGUACCGAGUGCUGUAUUUGGCUCUGUCGCCGGAUGGCGAGGCCAUUGUUACAGGGGCCGGCGACGAAACGUUGCGUUUUUGGAACGUUUUCAGCAAAGCGAGGUCGCAGAAGGAAACGCGCUCCGUUUUGAGCUUAUACACCGGGAUACGUUAGGUUUUUUAAUUAUAUAUCAAGUUUAUAUAAUUUUGCUAUUACUUUAUACUGAUUGUUAUUUAUAAUAAAUAUAUUUAUUUUGUUUUAUAUUAAAAUGUAGCGAUUUUGUUUGAAGGGUUUGCGUGCGUUUUUGUAAAAAUGAUAAAAGUACAAGUGUAAAUAAAGUUUUCACAGGAAA